AACAAUUUCUCGCUGCUCGACGCGCCCCGGCCCGACGCGCCGCGGCGGAGGCGAGCGGGAGGCGGGACGGGGCGGGGAGAGCGGCGGGGCCGGCGGGAGGACGCGCUGCGCGCCGGGCGGACGCCGCAGGUCCCAUGCCGCGCCGCGACCCCCGCGCCCCUGCCGUCCGCGCCCGCGGCCGCCCCCCGCCGCCCUCCGCCCCGGGCUUGCCGCGCCGCACGUCCCUAGCCGGGCCACCAAGAGAUGCCCGCUGGGCGCCCGCGAAAGUUUGUCGGCUCCCACUAAAGGGCAGCGGCGCCCCUGCACCCCCGCGCCCCGCUCCAGCCAGGAGCCUUCACGUAAAUGGGUCCAGUCAUGCCUCCCAGUAAGAAGCCGGAAAGCUCAGGAAUUAGUGUCUCCAGUGGGCUGAGUCAGUGUUACCGGGGCAGCGGUUUCUCCAAGGCCCUUCAGGAAGACGAUGACCUCGACUUUUCUCUGCCUGACAUCAGAUUAGAAGAGGGGGCCAUGGAAGAUGAAGAGCUGACCAACCUGAACUGGCUGCAUGAGAGCAAGAAUUUGCUGAAGAGCUUCGGGGAGUCGGUCCUCAGGAGCGUCAGCCCCGUCCAGGAUCUGGACGAUGACACGCCCCCGUCCCCCGCCCACUCUGACAUGCCCUACGAUGCCAGGCAGAACCCCAACUGCAAACCCCCCUACUCCUUUAGCUGCCUCAUAUUUAUGGCCAUCGAGGACUCUCCAACCAAGCGCCUGCCAGUAAAGGAUAUCUACAACUGGAUCUUGGAACAUUUCCCGUAUUUUGCAAAUGCACCUACUGGGUGGAAAAACUCAGUGAGACACAAUUUGUCAUUGAAUAAGUGUUUUAAGAAAGUGGACAAAGAGAGGAGUCAGAGUAUUGGGAAAGGGUCAUUGUGGUGCAUAGACCCCGAGUAUAGACAAAAUCUAAUUCAGGCUUUGAAAAAGACACCUUAUCACCCACACCCACACGUGUUCAAUACACCUCCUGCCUCUCCUCAGGCAUAUCAAAGCACAUCAGGCCCACCCCUCUGGCCGGGCAGUACCUUCUUCAAGAGAAAUGGAGCCCUUCUCCAAGAUCCUGACAUUGAUGCUGCCAGUGCCAUGAUGCUUUUGAAUACUCCCCCUGAGAUACAAGCAGGUUUUCCUCCGGGAGUGAUACAAAACGGAGCGCGGGUUCUGAGCCGAGGGCUGUUCCCCGGAGUCCGGCCAUUGCCAGUCACUCCCAUCGGAAUGACGGCCGCCGUGAGGAACGGCCUCGCCGGCUGCAGGACGCGGACUGAGAGCGAGCCGUCGUGCGGCUCCCCGGUGGUCAGCGGGGACCCCAAGGAGGACCACAACUACAGCAGCGCCAAGUCCUCCAACGCCCGGAGCGCCUCACCCGCCAGCGACUCGGUCUCCUCCUCUUCGGCCGACGACCACUACGAGUUCGCCACCAAGGGGAGCCAGGAGGGCAGUGAGGGCAGCGAGGGGGGCUUCCAGAGCCACGAGAGCCACAGCGAAACAGAGGAGGACGACAGGAAACACAGCCCCAAGGAGGCCAAGGAUGCUCUCGGGGACAGCGGCUACGCGUCCCAGCACAAGAAGCGCCAGCACUUCGCAAAGGCCAGGAAGGUCCCCAGUGACACGCUUCCCCUCAAAAAAAGACGCACAGAAAAGCCCCCCGAGAGCGACGACGAGGAGAUGAAAGAGGCGGCGGGGUCACUCCUGCACUUGGCAGGGAUUCGGUCCUGUUUGAAUAACAUCACCAAUCGGACGGCAAAGGGGCAGAAAGAGCAAAAGGAAACCACAAAAAAUUAAAAACAAGUCACUGAUUUGUUUUGAACUUAAGGCCAUUUGGUUUCAGCAUGUCAGGAGAUUUCUAAUGAUUUGUGGCAAUAUCAGCAAUUUCUUUAUUUUUUUUCUUUUCUUUUUCUUUUUUUGGUUUGUUUUUCUUUCUUUUCUUUCCUCUUUUUUUUUUUUUAAAUUCGCCCCCCUCCUUUGUUUUAUACCCUUGAGAAUUUUAUUUUUAAAGGAGAUUGAAGCCAUAGAACUCAUAUUGACAUUCAGCUGUUUUACAAAAGCUUUUCAUUAUCUGAAGACAAAACCGAAAAAGCCAAAAUGACCAUUGCUUCCUCCAGCUUGUCAGAAACACGUGGCUGAAUCGCAGGGAUGUCAGGAAAAUGCCACAGAACACCCACUUUUGGCACCUAGAAGGCCCGUGUGCAAAGUCUUCAUGGAUCAGGCCCAGCCAUUAGGUUUAAAUGGUUAGGAUGUCCGCCCGGUUGGGUUCACUGAGCGAAUGUGCAUGAGGCAACUGGGGAGAAGGAAGGCCCCUCGGCCCCUGGGAGCGGAGCCACGCUGGUGGCACCAGGCACCGCACUGUGCCAGGAAAACCCUUGGCAUUGCCAGUCAGCAUGCGGGCGCGGGGGCCGCCAGUCCUCUGAGCUUCUUAAUCGUGAAGCCUCCUCACAUCUCAGGAGGCAGACACCAGACCGUUCACGUACACUGGGUGUCAAUGACUAAGGAAAAGAAAUGGGGUCAAUUCUUAGUGAUUCCUAAUCAUUGAAUUCUGUUCUAUAUUAAAUUAAGAGAAUGUUCCACAAGCCAUAAGCCUGUAGGUUGGCCCUGCACACACGCACACACGCGAGAUUGAGAGAGAGAGAGAGAAAGAGAGAGAGAGAGAAAACGUGCAGCGAACAGGCUGUGUUUUCUUAACUGCCUGAGUGAAAAUCAAGUCCAGGAAAUUACAAUAGCUGUUAAGGAAGGAAAUAAUGGUACAUAAUCUUUUUCUGUCUGUCAAAACUAUUUGAUCUAAGUGAAAACAAACAAGCAAAGAGCUACGGAACCUGCCAUUAGUAUUGUGGUAUAUUUUUAAAAGAUGAAAGGCACAUUGAUGGACAAAAAAAAAAGGAAAACAUGGCAAAAAAACAAAAAAAACCUCCUAUACUGCCCUCAAAAUGGAGUUCGCAAAUAACGUCAGUCAGGAUUCAUUUUUGCAACAAUCAGUGAUUUCCACAUUCAGCCAGUGUAGCCAGCAGAAAUUUCUGAUCCACAAUGCAUGGAUUCCUUCUAAAAGAAAAAAAAAGAAAAAAAAUCACAAAAACACAAACUUUUUUUAUUCAAAAAUAAAGUUCUUGUAAGGUAAAUAAUGUAUUUAGCAUGAAGCAUGAAUUAUUUUCAUAUAAAUAUAGAAAAUAGAGAAAAGGCUAUGCCUCUAAUUUUUAAGCCCUUAGGCUUAGAGGUUCUUUGGGUUUUCUUCUUUUUUGUUUUCGUUUUCUUUAGUUUUGUUUUGUUUUUUUCCCAAUUAUUUUGUUUUGGUUUUUUGAAGCAGGUGUUUAAGGUUUAACCUUCUUCAGGGACAAAUUCUGACUGUUGGGGAACUAACUCUGCAAUAUAAAAAUAUCUUCAUGUUCCGGUAGGGCCUGCCUUGUCUGCACUUCAGCCCCAACCCCCUCUGAUUCUCUGUUGAAAAGUGUGUCCUUUCUCUCUGUCUGGACAUGUUUAUCAUGACGCAAUAAUUUGAGGGCAAACUUAGUAGUGAGUGUGUAUGAUAGAAUCGAGAGAAGUAUGGGACGCUGACUUGAGAAAACCAUCACCACAAUUUGGUCCUAGGAAAAAGGCAGUGAAUAAUUAUGCAAAUUCGCCAGGAGAAGGGAAACGCGCUAAUGGGCCUUAUUGGAUGAGGGUGUGAGGUAGGGAACACGCGAAGGAGGAAGUGCCGCGGGUGUGGGAAGGACUGGCCCCACAGUCUUCCUGUGAUGUCAUCUCUCGGUGGGAAGGAGGGGCUGGCCAGCUCUACCACCUCAGCACACGAACCCACCUGCAGUUAAGCCCACCUAGAGUGUGAGAGCUGAAUUUAGACAACAGGACAAUGUCACGCAGCCCAGAAACUCCAUUUACCUUUGCCUAACAGAAAUUAUUGGGGGAGAUCCAAAGAGAAAUCUCUAGAAAGAUAUUAUUUUACACCCAAACGGGGGGUGGGGGGAAUUGUAUUGUUAAUACACAAACAAAAACACCCACUCCUGUGGCUCAGGAUGUGAAGGUGAAGGGGAGAGACGGAAGUGGGGCGAUGAUUUUUAGAAACAGACAUGCGAGCCCCUGAGCCAGCACCGCCAUCAGCAGGACGGUGGAAAUGCACAGGUGCGUGCCCUGUGCUCACCUUCCUCCGGGCGACCCCCAAAAUAAUCUACACCCUGCACAGCUGGUGGAAUCUGUUACCUGAACUCUUCCAGCUUGUUUGUUCAGGGUACGGAUGUAUUUUUGAAGUACUGUGUUCCCUCCAAUGUCACCAAACAUUUGACACCCCAAAAGCCAUCCACAGCUCUGGAGCCUGAGGGACACUUGAUUUGUGUUGUCACCGGAUGAAGCCCAGGAAAUCCCCCCAUCACCCCCAAGAUAAAGUUUGGACUUCCCUCUGAAAGGCAGAGUGAACACUGAGGACUGUUUCUGGCAGGGGACUUCUUCCAGUUAAAACCCCCACAGUGGGCUGUCUCCCCUCAUUUCAUUUUUCUAAAGGAGCAAAGACCUCUUUUAGAAAAUAAUAAAAUGCAAUGUGUGUGAUUUACUUUUCUGAUCUCUUUGAGAAAUAGAUAAAUAUCUUAUAAAGUGUGUUCUUAACUCCAGAACCACUCUUUUUGCAUAAAUACCUCAUUGGGCAGCUUUCUAAGUGUUAUUUUCCCUGAGUCUCCCUCACUCAGCCCCGUCAGAGGGGCCCGGGGGAGACUUACAGGGGAAACUUUAGUGAGGGUACUUUUUUCUAUUUUUCUUCUGUUUUUGGAGGCAUACACAUUAUGCAUAACCAAAACAAUGGCUCAAUUGUGUUUAACUUUGUAUUUUGAUUGUUGAGAAAAAAAAUAUCGAUGUGUAUGUGGCCGUUUGUAGUGAAUUCAUUGCAGAAUGAGGUUGUCCGUGUCCUCACCAAGCCAGGGGGCAGGCGGCACCCUCUCCUACCCCCUCCUCCAAGAGCAGUAGAGAAUUUAAGCACAAGCCUAUUUGUGAGAGAAUAUUUUGUUCAAGUGUAAUUCACUUUAGUCUUGGAAUUCCUUCCCAAACGUCAGGUGUUCUUUUAGCUUCCAAACUAGCCUAUGUAUUCAUUAGUCUGACAGGUCGCCUGAGCACCAUUCAGGGGGUGUGGUGGUUUUGCUUUCAUUUCUCCUGCGGGAGAGGUGGCUGUUUCGUGUGUCAUUCCAGUAUCUCACAUACUCACGUGGGGCGGGGGGAGGGGGAACUGGGGAACUAUAGCAAUAUUUAAAGAUGCUUUGGAAAACAGCCGUGAACACUUCAGCACCAUGACAUCUACAAUUACUUGCUGUCGGCCCUUGAACACAUUUAAGAGAAAGAGGCUAGCUCUUUUUUCUUAAAUGACAUACACAUAGACAGUUAUUUUUAUGCUACUACAGUUGUCUUUAAUCUUUAUCUAGUGCUACGUGGAAAGGGUUUGUUUGCAUCAUAGAUUUUUCCCAGCCUUAUAAUAUACCCUAAGCUCCUACUUCCCCUCCCCCCCAAUCAGUCAGUAUCCUUUCAAGAGUUCUUUGGUAGAUCUGUCUAUCUGAACCGGAAACAAACCGAACCCACAUAUGGAGGGUGGUUAGAGACAGCUGUGGCAGGCUUCAGUCUUGGGUGGGGCUGAGUUUUGAAGAAGGGAUGUGUCCAAGGCCUUUUCUGAGAACUGAUUUCUUGUAGACACCCUCAGCAUGGGUGUGCCGGUAACCACCAUGGGACAUUCUGGAAGAGGCCAUCUCCCGGAACGGUGUUCCUGCCUGAGGGACAACGUCAGGCUGCGGGCUCCGUAGAGUGAAUACCGCUCGGGUGGCUUUUGUGCCCAGCUCCGUCCUAGGACACACCAGGACUGCUUGGCGCCCAGUUCUACGCCCCACGUCGCACAUGUGGGUGCUUAGCCUCUCCUCGAAGGGCUCUUGGAGAAGGAAUCCGAGCUACGUAAAAGUGACCUACACGGGAGGGUUUUCCAUGUGGGACUGGUUUCAGUUCAAUGUGACUUCUCUUUCCCUUUAAACUCAAUUCAGGUUGGGAGUCUUUUUCUUUCUAGUGGAUCACAGCUGCCCAGGUGUUGCGAUUUAGUUUUAUGUUUCUGUAGAAAAGUUUUUUUUUUUUUUCCUUUCAUCUUCAGGAUUUUUGCCACCAAAAGAACACAUUUGAACUCUGUGUCCCCUCUUGAUUGUGACUUACCAGUGUUGACAGUUAAAUCCUUAGUGUCAUAGGUCCCGGCCCUCCAGUACUAUAUCAAACACUGUUAUGCACAUAAUGCAGCACUGUGAUCUAAUUUAAAUAAUACUUUUUUAUUAUUUAUACUACUAUAUAUAAUAUACAUCAACACUUUUGCUAUAUAACCUAAGUGGAUAACCCUCUCUUAGUUACCUGCCAAACUUGGGACUUUGGUUUAUAUUGCAGUUAACACAGUUACAAAGUUGUAAUGGUGUCUUUUUUUCCCCUUUGUAACGGAAUGUGUAAAUCAAAGUGUAUUCAUUGUGUGGUGUUCCUGUUUCUGGAGUUUCACGAGGAUUUACACAUGGCACUCAGUGUUCUGUAUAGACCUGCCUACCUUUGUGACUUCAUUUGUUAACCCCCCUUCCUUUAAGAGAGCACCCGCGCUGGUGGGAACCCCCCAUUUUCUCUCUCUCCCACUGGCCGUUCUUGAAUUAAGCACAGACUCGUCAGCUCUGUUGCUUUAUCGUGAAAAACGCGUGUGACCUUGCCAUUCUUCCACAUUUCCGCAAACAAGUGCUCGCUUCACUGACCAAAAAUUAAGGAAGGAAAAUGCGGUUUUUAAAACAAUCCAUCUUUUAACAGCCGAAACCGAUGUGUCUAUGGUGCUGGAUCCUGCCGUCUGUCAUACUUCUGAAAUCAGACCUAGGUGAAAGAUCACUUCUGACUUAACUGUGAUGUGCUCACAAGUACCCUUCCUGUUCGUUUUUGUUAGCGUUGGAAUCAAGACUAUUUAUUUGGGAUAUCUACCACAGUGUUGGCCACUGUGUUGCAUUUGCAAAAGUGGAGAACGACCUUCCCUGCUUUUGCAAAUAAUUAAUAUUCCAUAUUGGAUUCUCAAAGACUUCGAUAUGGUGAACCUAUCAAACCUAGAAAUUGUGUUUCAUCCUUUCAUUACUGUGGCCUGAGUUCCCCAAACCCUCUCCCCACCCCACCCAUUUUCAGAUGAAACUUAGCACCAUUUCAGCUCUUUCAGCAUUCAGCCUUCCCUGAGUACGUACGUUGGGGCCAUCAAAGCUCAUAGCUGAUUCAGUAACCAGUUUCAUGUCCUGUCAUUCACGCUCACUACUGACACUGCCGUGGUGAAAAUGGGGAGGGUAAGGUGUCCGUGUGUGUCCGGGAAGCAUUCUACACUUGUGCAUUUUUUUUUUUUUUAAUCCUCUGAUUCUGGAACACUUCUGAGUUCCGUUUUCGUUUCACAGAAGAAUAACAGUGAUAAAGCAAUCAGAAGACCAAGAAGUUUACUGUCAAUGCUUAGGGUCGUCUGACCUUUGCUGGCCAAUAGACCUACAUGGCCAAAUUAAUUUACUAGAGUAAUAAUUUUUUCAAAAGCCAAUUUUCUUUUCUGUACUUUCUGUAUGAAACUGCCAAUAUCAUGAGUAGAAAGGGAGAACCGGGAAGGAGGAAGAAAGUGACGCUCGGCGGCGGUCGCGGUGUGGAGCGGUGUGGAGGCAGGCACGACCCGCCGACCCGUAGGGACCUGACGGUGUUGCUUUGGAGGGAUCCAUACUUGCAUUUUGCAUUCUUCAUAUGUAAUCAUAUUGCCAAAGACAAACUUUCAUCAUUUAUUGUAAAUAACACUUUCCCCCAGACCUACCAUAAAGUCUCUGUGAUGUAUUGUCUUCCAGUUGCAAUAAAAAUUACUGAGUUGCAUCAAUUGAAGAGAAA